AUGCCCGGUGAUCCAUUGGGAGUGGAUGACCAAGGUUAUUAUCUGUACCUUGUUACCGCCGUUAAGGCCCGACAGAACGUGAUCAUAACACUUCAAGCGAACAAUUGGACGAUUCCACUUCGGUGUGGGUCGUUUCAGGUUGUAAAAUACUUCUAUCUGGUAAUCAACCCAGUGGAGACGACUUCCCAAGGUUUAGGAAAACACGUAGGAAGAACUUCCAAGGGAAAUUGGGUCUACGUAGGAGGACAGAAUAGCGGAAAAACAGUUGACGCCCCGCUAGUACCCUGGGAAGAUAGGAAAGCACCCCUCAGAACCAUUGACUCCCCCACCCGAACGAGACCUGUCUUAUCACCAGUCGAUAUCCCUAAAGAAGAUAUCAAAGACACCCCAAUUCCCAUAGGAGUAUUAACCCCAAUCGACGAAGAAGACCCAGAGCCUGUAGCAGGACCGAGUCAACCGAAUCUGAACCCAAAUCCGAAUCCACAACCAAACCCCUUACCGAUCACAGGAACCACAGACGACGAAGACGAAAUAUCAGAUAAAGGAAACAAGCCGAAAGACUUCGAUGGAAUGAGGUCAAAGUACAGAGAAUGGAUCUAUGAAUGUCAUAUGUACAUUCUAGCCAACCCGACCAAGUAUGACACGGACAUGAACAAGACACUCAUGGUCCUGUCGUAUAUGAGGGAAGGAACAGCUUCACUGUUUGCACAAAAAUACUACUUUGACAGAGAACUCCGGGAGUACAAAGCAACGGAAACCAAAAAAACAUGGGGAACGUUCAAAGACUUCUUGAAAGAAUUAGCCGUCGCAUUCAAAGAUGAAAGUCUUGAACAGAAGGCGAGACAGAAAUUAUUCACGAUGAGAAUGGGAAAGCGAUCAGCAGACGAGUUCGUCAUGGACUACCUCAUGACGGCAGGAGAAAGUGGAUUCAAUCUCAAAUCUACCGUUGAUUAUUUCCACCGAGCCAUACACCCAGAAAUUCUCAAACAAAUCUACAGACUCCCUGAUAUGCCGACAACCAUGGAUGAUUGGGUAAAAUACACCCGAAGAUUCGAUAACCAAUGGAGGGAGCUACAGAGCAUAAAAAGCUCCAUACCCUCUGCUGCUGUUCGACCAAACAACCCCUUCCGUUACAACUCCUCUAACGCUCCAUCAUCUAUGAACAACUCUGUCGUCCCCAUGGCCAUAGAUACAGUCCGAAUGACCCUUAUAGACAAAGAGCACAACCGCCUCAGGAUGGAGGGGUAUAUGAAGGGUCAACUGGACAUGUUCAACAGGGUAGUAGAACGGUGGGGAACCACUCAGCUCAGGCCAGUAGCAGGAUGGGAGGCGGAGGAAGCGGCUAUGGCCGAGCGCUCUCAGCAGGAACUCCAGGCAGUACUUAGGGAGGCACUACGGCGCAAGGUAGAAGCAUGGCGACGACUAACCCGUUCCGGGCCAGACUCGCAGCUCGCCAAGCCCACACACCUGGACCAGAUGCACCUGUACAUGAGGAGGAGCCUGAGAUUAGCCGAGAAGAAAUCCAAAGGGUUAUAG